GUAGUACAGCAGGCCCUUUCUUGUCACCGGUCAGUGUUCGUCUGGUGGAAAAACUGAACAACUCGACACUUUGAUAUUCUGUUCUUGCAUAAAUCCCUUUACUAAACCCGCACAGCAAUGGCAGAAGUCAAAAACAAAGUGUGCCUUAUUGUCAUUGAUGGCUGGGGGAUAUCAGAGAAAACAGAAGGGAAUGCUAUAUAUCAUGCCGAGACCCCAGUAAUGGACAGCUUUGCUGCCGGCAAGGAUUGUGCGUAUGCUACCCUUGAUGCAUCAGGCCUAUCAGUAGGACUACCAGAUGGCUUGAUGGGUAAUUCUGAAGUAGGACAUCUUAAUAUUGGUGCUGGACGCGUAGUCUAUCAGGAUAUUGUUAGAAUAAACAUGGCUGUGGAGCAGCGCAAAUUGUCCACGAACAAAGCACUAGCAGCUGCAGCUGAAAGAGCAAAGAAAUCAAAUGGCAGAUUUCAUUUUCUAGGAUUGAUAAGUGAUGGUGGAGUCCACUCGCACAUCGAUCAACUUUUUGGUCUCGUUGAAGCAGUAAAGGAACUUGGUGUGCCCAAAACAUUCAUCCAGUUCUUCUCAGAUGGUAGAGAUACACGCCCUACUAGUGGAGUUGGUUAUGUGCAGCAAGUAAUCGACAAGUUAAAGGAACUUAAUUAUGGUUCACUUGCGACUAUUACUGGACGGUACUAUGCUAUGGACAGAGACAAGAGAUGGGAAAGAAUCAAGAUUGCCUUUGAAGGUCUUGUUCAAGGCAAAGGAGAGACAACAACUCUUAAUAAAUGCAUAGAUGUAAUUAAGAGCCGUUAUGAAGCAGAAGGUGAUAAGCAUGAGACAGAUGAAUUUCUAAAACCAAUCAUUGUUGAUCCUGAAGGGAGAAUACAAGAUGGAGAUACUUUGUGCUUCUUUGAUUUCCGGGCUGACCGUAUGAGGCAAAUCAAUGAAGCCAUUGGCAUAAAACCACCAUUUGAAACAGAUGUGAUUCCAAAGAACCUGCAUCAUAUCACUAUGACAGAGUACAAGAAAGAGUUUCCAUUUGAUGUGAUGUUUCCUCCAGAAGUACCCAAGAAUGUCCUCGCAGAAUGGCUUGGUAGCAAAAAAGUUCCACAGUAUCAUUGUGCAGAAACUGAAAAAUAUGCACACGUAACAUUCUUCUUCAACGGUGGUGUUGAAGCUAAAUUUGAUUUAGAGGAUCGCAAGCUUGUGCCGUCGCCAAAAGUUCCUACCUAUGACUUGGAACCUCCUAUGAGUUCAGCUGGUGUUGCUGAUGAGGUCUGUAAAGCUAUCCAUGAAGGCAAGCACCCAUUUGUGAUGUGCAACUUUGCCCCACCUGACAUGGUUGGUCAUACUGGGAAGUAUGAAGCUGCUGUUGUUGCUUGUGCUGCUACAGAUGCUGCAAUAGGUAGAAUCUAUGAAGCCUGCCAAAAGCACAACUUUACGCUGAUGAUAACAUCUGAUCAUGGCAAUGCCGAACAAAUGAUCAGUGAACAGGGGGGUCCACAUACUGCACACACUACUAACCGAGUGCCAUUGAUAAUGACGGGUGGACAUAAGUACAGAGAGUUUACCCACAAUGCAGCGUUAUGUGACGUAGCUCCAACUGUUCUUGAGGUGAUGGGACUUGACAUCCCAGAAGAGAUGACAGGACAAUCUCUCCUACAAAAAUAAGCUGUAUAAACUUUAGUCAAGACCUUUUGGAUGGUGCACCUGAUAUGAAUCUUUGGUUCUUUCAAGUACGAGACAAACUUAACAUGGGCUGUUUUCAUGAUUCUGUGAAGUUUUUUUGCAAUUCUGCUAUCUUUCAUGACUCUGAUAGCCAGACAGCUCUAGAAGUGUCAUUGUCAAUUAUAAAUUUUAAUGGACGGAAGUAAAAACUUUGAUCAAAGACAAUGACACUUCUAGUCAAGUUGCCAGGCUAGAAGAGUCAUGACGUUUAAGAUUCCAUUUAUGAUACUAAGGAAAAUAAUGACAAGAAGAUUAGAGCUGUUCUAUACAGGAUUUUUUUAUGGUAAAGGUCUCAAAACUAGAAUAAUUUAAUUACAGAAUACAUAAUUGUGGUAUUUAGUGUUUGUGCUCUCAAUAUUCAGAGCGUUUUAGAGUCUCAUAUUAUUAAAAUAAAAAUAUAUUAACUUUU